UUCAGAAAAACCUUCGGAACUUUCUCGACCAAAAACAAGUAUUCUUUGCUCAUCUUCUUUCCAGGUUCAUAUUCAUGACGUUGGUAGUUCUGAGGAAUUACCAAAACCGCGCGACUUUCAGUAUUUUGUGGUGCAUCUUGUGCCGAAGUCGAAUCCGUUUAACUAUUUUGCGUAUAGCUGACUUGUCCGUUAUGAGAAUGUUUUUCUUUAUUUUUUCCUUAUUUAUUUUUACUAAAUAG